AUGGCCGCGCUCGCUAAGCUCCUGCCCUUGCAUCCAGCACACCAGGAAAUGCUCGACAAAUCCCCGCAGUGGUUGGAAGCAUUGCGUCUGUCCGCAUUGGGCGUCCGUCCCGACGUCCUCCGCAAUGCCAUUGGAGGUACGGAGCUCACAUUGGGAGUCUUGCUUCUCUUCACCCCGACAGCCGCGUAUGCACUGGCGCCCCUGAUGGGGGGUGCACUCGCUACGCAUUACCUUAUGGAUGACUCCCGCUUCACCAAAGAAGCGAUCCCCGCCGCUGUGCUUGGCGUCCUACUCGGAGUCCACGCCUUCCUGCAUACUGCCAUCCGUGUCGCGCGUAAGGCGGAGCUCCAAGCCCUGCAGACGGCAAAGAAGGAAUAAUUUCGCCAACGGAAAAUGGGCAGAGGUGCAUCCCUGCCACCUCGAGAUGUUGGACGCCUUGUCGACCUGGGGCAGCGCGAUGGUGACUUUCAUAACAGUCGCCUGUGCGUCGAAAAUUCUAAACCUUGCUGGCAUGACCAUGGUAUCAGCCGGGUCCCCCGCUCUCCUCGACGCGUCUCUGAGUCUCCUGAAAUCCCCUUCGCUCUCGCUACGCGCGAUGCUUGCCUCCCGCGCUGGCCCCACCACCUCUCACCGUCUCGAGCUUCUCGUUUGGCCUUGCCAGUGUGUUCCCUUCUGCCCAUGCCCCACAUACAUAGGGGCCACGCACGUAUCUAGUCCCGCUCACUACGCGAUAUCUUGCCUGAGGAGAGCAAAAACUCGCCUCCAUAUGUUUUUUCGUAUCUCUCAAACAACCUGCCUCUAUCCAAUCCUCUGCUUCUUCCCAUCCUCUCCAUAAACACAGACGGCCCAACCGUUCGGCCUCACGCAACCCAAUCUCUUUUUAAA